AUGGCGGCCAUGAAAGAUUUCGUGGGGAAUCACAACACGGCCAGUCGGAUGAUCGGACUCGGCAGCAAUAUCCUGAUCCUUGCCGCCUUCAUUGUUUUGGGCUAUGUCGCGUUCAUUGCCGUCCAUCGAAUCUUCUUCCAUCCACUAUCAAAAUACCCAGGACCACUGUUCGCGAAAUUGACACCGUGGUGGGACGUGUAUCAUGCGUAUAAAGGAGACAAACAUCUGCUGUUCCAGAGGCUGCAUGAACAAUAUGGCGAUUUUGUGCGCUAUGGCCCCAACACGCUUUCUGUCAACCAUCCGGCCGCCUUGAAGGCGAUCUACGGCCACAAGGCAAAUGUCAGGAAGUCAGAUUUCUACACAUCGUUCCCUGCAGCUCCAGGUGUGGUGUCAACUCAUACUUGCAUUGACAUCAAGGCCCAUGGCAGAAAGCGACGGGUGAUGAGCCAUGCUUUCUCCGAGGCCGCGCUUAAGGGUGUCGAAGAUUCCAAAACGAGCACAGAAGAAAGCAUAGCCGACAAGCAGUGGACUGCCCCGAAGAACAUUUCCAAAUGGAGCACUUGGCUCGGCUUCGAUGUGAUGGGCGAUCUUGCCUUCGGGCGCGGGUUUGGCAUGCUGGACGGGUCAAGCAUUUCCAAUCGCGACGCACCAGAGCUUCUCAUGCAGGCCGCGAAGCGCCACAACACCAUGGGCCCGUAUCCCUGGCUGCACCAGUCAGGCUUGGACCGCAUCAUCUUCCGCAAGCUGAACCUCGACCGAAACAAGUAUCUGGCAUUCAGUCGCGCGCAGGUCGGCGAAAGAGUCGCAUCAAACGUCAUGGAGAGCAAGCGCAAGGAUUUUUUCUACUACCUGCUGCACUCUGUCGACCCAGAAACCGGUUCCGGUUUGUCCAAGCAGGAACUCUGGGGUGAGAGCAACACCCUGAUCGUCGCUGGUUCAGAUACCACCUCGACGACACUGACCGCUACCAUCUUCUACCUACUCCAUAACCCGGCGACACUGGCCCGCCUACAGCACGAAAUCCGGUCGAACUUCUCCUCCCAAAACGACAUUAGGACUGGUGCCACGCUUGCCUCGUGCAAAUACCUGCGUGCCUGCAUUGACGAGGCGCUUCGCCUGUCACCGCCUGUUGGCGCCCUGCUGCCUCGAACCACGCUUGCCGGUGGCAUUGAUGUCCUGGGCCAGCACAUCCCCGAAGGUGUCGGCGUUGGCUGCCCGAUCUACGCACUGCAUCAUCACCAGGACUUCGUGACCAAUCCUUGGGAGUACAAGCCUGAGCGGUGGAUACAUGGAGAGUGUGACGAGGCAGAGAAUGAACGACUGCAGAGCGUGUUCAAUCCCUUCAGUCUGGGGAGCAGGGGUUGCAUCGGAAAGCCGAUGGCGUAUAUGGAGCUGAGCUUGGCAUUGGGAAGAUUGCUUUGGGGCUGGGACAUGCGGCUUGCGGCAGGGACGUUGAAGACUGUUGGGGAGGGCAGACCCGGUAUGGGCGCCGGGCGGGAGCGGAGCAGUGAGUUCCAGAUGUGGGACAUCUUCGUCAGUGAUAAGGACGGGCCGUGGGCGGAGUUUCGGCAGCGGACAGAAUGA